AUGUGCUUGUCUGCGCUAUCACUUUCGUCCUCCACCCUUCUUACCAGUGAUCUGGCCAACCUCAACCCAAUUCCUCAGACUUCCCUGUCUCGCGCAUCUCCCGAUCUCUGCGAAGUGACCGACUUCCCUAUCGUGUCCUCCUCCGCUUUGGCCUUCGACUUCGCGAUCGGCGAAGUGAUUUGGCUGAGGGGUUUCGGGUCCGUCCUGAAGAAGGGCGGACGGUAA